CCUCUCGCAAAACCCUAACUUCCCCUUGCUCACUCGUUGGUGGCGCCAGAUCUCUCUACAUCGUCGGUUGAGGUGCGUACACACUGGAAACGAGAUUUAUAAAAUCGCUGAGCUCGAUUUUGCUCCAUUUGAUCCUUGUGACUGCCCUUGUACUCUUGUAUAGAGAUUCUGUGCUUUUCAUUUAUGCAAUGUUCUCUUCAUUGGCUCUGUUUGAUUUCCGUUCUAGGCAGACUUUGAAUUCUUUUUAGCUAGCCUCGUUGGGUCUCCGAUGUUGGAAAUGAUGAGCACCCAUUAACGUUUGUAUAGUUGAAGCUCCAAUGGUGAGAGUUAGUGUUUUGAACGAUGCUCUCAAGAGCAUGUACAAUGCAGAGAAGCGUGGAAAGCGCCAGGUCAUGAUCCGACCUUCCUCAAAAGUGAUCAUAAAGUUUCUUAUUGUCAUGCAAAAGCAUGGAUACAUUGGUGAAUUUGAAUAUGUUGAUGAUCACAGGGCUGGUAAAAUUGUUGUUGAGUUGAAUGGGAGGCUAAACAAGUGUGGUGUCAUCAGUCCUAGAUUUGACGUCGGUGUCAAGGAGAUUGAAGGUUGGACUGCUAGGUUGCUUCCGUCUAGACAGUUUGGAUUCAUUGUGCUGACAACUUCUGCUGGAAUUAUGGACCACGAGGAGGCAAGGAGGAAGAAUGUUGGCGGCAAAGUGCUUGGUUUCUUUUACUAGGCUUAUUGCGGCUUCACGUUUUUUUUGGGUGCUCGGUGAGGAGUUUGUUUCUGGUUAUGGAGUUUUGGUCCAUGUGAUUUACUAUAGGAUACCUAAUUUUGUUGUCUGGUUUAGGCUUUUCUCAACUUGGUUGUAGUUGAAUCAUCGACCUGGACAAAUGGAAAGGAUUGAAGCACAAUGAACUUGUCUGCCGUCGCAUUUAUUUGAAUGUUAAAUGCUUUCUUACUAGCUGAGCUUUGUUUAUGCUAGAUUUAGCCCAUUUUGAGGAGUGAUGGAUCCAUUUAGUGUUAUAUUUGCUUGAUUAAAUUGUGUUUAUGAACUAUAUAGGCAACGAUUUCGACACCCUGAUACU